AUGGAUGGCUCCGGCAGCUGGGACGCCAUCGACUGGAACCAAAUCGAGGAUCCGAGACCGCGGAGGCUGGGCCAGGCCGUCAAGGAGAGCAUGGACGACUUCCUGCUCGAGGACGAGGCGGUUAUCGCCCAGGGCCAUGGAGUUGUUCUGCUAAACAUCCGUGAGGCUGGUACACUUUCAGUGACAAAUUUCCGACUUCUCUUUGUGAGCCAAGCAAAAAAAUGUGUCAUAGAGCUGGGUACCAUUCCGCUGACAACAAUUGAGAAGCUAAAUGAUGAUGUGAAGCUCCAACCCCUACCCCACCUCUCUGAUAAGAGCCGGCCCCGUGAACUUCUUCAAGUCAUCGGCAAAGACAUGAGAAUCAUUGUGUUUGCUUUUGUUCCCAAAACAAAGCAGAAAAACGAAGUGUUUGAUGCUUUGAGGAGAUACACUAAACCUGCUAAUUUGUGGGACCUAUAUGCAUUUUCUUGUGAUCCAUCCACCAUUAAGAAUGAUUCUGAGCCAAAGUGGCGGCUCUUGAGAGAAUACUUCCGUCUUUUUAGGAAAAGUUUACCGCAGUUACGGGGAGCUGAGGAAGUUUCUUUGUCUAACGAUUGGUGGAGGCUAACUAGAGUUAAUUCUAGUUAUUCAUUGUGUUCAACUUACCCCACUGAACUGAUUGUACCAAGGAGCAUAAGUGAUGAAGAUUUAUUUCAAGCUUCUACUUUUCGAUCAGGCAAACGCUUGCCUGUUAUUUCAUGGUGCGACCCUGGGUCUGGAGCUGUUCUGGCGAGGUCAUCUCAGCCAAUGGUUGGAUUGAUGAUGAACUUUAGGAACAAUGCUGAUGAGAAGCUUGUAUGUGCUCUUAGCAGCAGAACCACUGGUGAUAAAGGAUCUCCAAGGAAACUGUACAUAAUUGAUGCCCGGCCAAGAGCAAAUGCUUUAGCAAAUGGGGCAAAGGGAGGGGGUUCAGAGUCAUCUUCUAACUACCCCAGAUCUGAGGUUCUUUUUCUAGGAAUACAAAACAUCCACACAAUGAGAGAUAGUCUUUCUCGCCUUAGGGACUAUGUGGAUGCUCAUGGCUCAAUUUCGUCAAAUGGAACCCCUUCAGCUGUAUCUGUUGUUGGAGAUCGGAGGAAUCGUGGAUCAACGUGGGGUGGAGGCAAUCUAAAUAGCAUGACAUCAUUUUCUUCAACGCUAGGGGAAUGGCUAAACCACAUCCAAAAUAUUCUGGUUGGUGCUUCGUGGAUUGCUGCACAAAUUGCGGAAGAAGCAGCAACAGUUCUUGUCCAUUGCAGUGAUGGAUGGGACCGUACAACCCAGUUGGUUGCACUUUCUUGCUUAUUGCUUGAUCCCUAUUAUCGAACUUUCAGUGGAUUCCAGGCCCUUGUGGAAAAGGACUGGUUAGCAUUUGGUCAUCCAUUUGCAGAGAGGAUGGGAGUUCCAACAGUAGCUGAGAAUGGGGGUUCACAGUAUGAGCUAUUAAGGCAACCUUCCCUUGGGAAUUUAAGCAGUUCACCAAGCAGGAACGCAUUAGGGCCAUCAGGACCAUCCUCCAAUGCUUCAGCUCAAUCCCAGACAUCAAACAACUCUUCACCAAUAUUGUUACAGUGGCUCGACUGCAUCUCUCAAUUGCUACGUCUGUACCCAUCUGCAUUUCAGUUCUCUUCUAAAUUCCUAGUUGAUUUUAUGGAUUGUGUAUUAUCAUGCCGCUUUGGAAACUUCUUAUGCAACAGUGAGCGGGAAAGGGAGCAAUCUGGUGUCACGAACUCUUGUCGUUGCAUGUGGUCAUAUUUGGCUGAUCUAAGAGCUUCUGGCGGCAGCUUCCAUGAGCACUACAAUCCAUUCUAUGACCCAGUAAAGCAUAAUGGUGCACUAUUGCCCCCUGCGGCAGCACUUGCUCCAACCCUUUGGCCCCAGUUUUAUUUGAGAUGGACAUGCCCCAUCGAAUCACAAGGUGGUGAUCUUGAAUCCCAGUGGCAUGCUAUGACUAAAAAAUAUGCAGAAGCAAUGAAGGCAAAGGACAUCGCCGAAUUGAGAGCAAAAGAUAUCAAAAUGAAAAUGGAAUCUGUAAAACAAGAGUUGCAGAGGGAGAAACGUGCAAGUAACACAGCCUUAGCCACAGCUCAAAGUGCUCAAAGGGAGAAUGCUGCCAUUAAAAAGGCGAUAGAAUCUAUAGGAUGCACAAUCAAAUUUUCGACAAGUGGAAACCAGGAGGAUAGAACUGAAGUGCUGUCAUGUUCAUUGCGAAGAGGCACAGAUGUUAGGGAUCAAGAAGACGAAAAUGGUGGCUUCUCUGUAUCAAUCUCUGCAAUUGAGGACAGCCUGGUCUCAGAAGCACCGGGGGACCAUUUUUGCGAGUCAUUGUGCCCCUUCCGCACAAGAGAAGGGUGCAGAUGGCCAGAUGCUCCAUGUGCACAGCUUGGAAGCCAGUUUGUUGGUUUGAAGGCAAAUUUUGAUGCUUUUGAUCGGUUAUCGAUACAAGACUGCUAUUUUGGUCCAGAGUAGUUGAUCGUUAGCCGUUUAUGUUGGUAUUAGGUGUACCUGCAGUUGCCAAUGGAUUUUUUUAGUGGUUGGCACCUCCAGGUCUGCAUCAACAGUAAAAGAACACUUGGAAAGCAACUCAACAGUGCAUAUUUGACCCGCAUGGCUGCAUUCACAAAUUCCUUCAUUCAAUGAUUUUGCUUUUAGUGUCUGGUUACUCCAAAUCUGCAUCAACAACAAAAGAAAGCGUGGAAAGCAACAGUUUCCUUCAUUGGUAUUCGAAUAGUCUUUGGUGGGCUUCAGCUAAAUUUUCUCUGAGGAAAUUCGGCCUUGUACAUUAGGAGUUAGCAAUUGGUUAGGAACCACUGGGACUGAGAAUUAGUCCUUGUGUUGUAUAUAGCUUGGCAAUUGAUUCAUAUAAGAAGCAAAUAAUGCAAAAUGGGAAAGAGAAUAAUAGUUCUUUUCACUUUUUUUUUUCUGAUAGCAUAUGUCUUGUAUAGGUUAGCUUGAGAACAAGGACAUAAAACGUUGUACAUGAAAAUAUGGACUUGUGGAAUGGCUGUACAAUUUCCGAGUC